CAAGGAUAAUAGUUACGCUGAACGGUGCCCACUGGUCACCUGAACAGAAACGGUUAAAAUUGAGUCUAUACGCGACAAAAAAUAGUACAUGAUUUCCGGUUUAAAGUGAAAGUACGUUACUAAGGGGAUACUCAGUGCAGCAUACUCAGUUUAUAAUUGCUGUUAUACAAUACGGAUAUGAGCUUAAUGCAAAGUUCUGGAAUCACCAUAUUUCAAAGGAUACUGUUGAGAGAGGGUUUUUUGUUCGUGAAUUAAAUAGAGGAAAUAUGACAGGUGUAACAGGCGAUUUUGAAGGUUUGGAAAACUUUAAUUUGGAAGACCUCCAUGAAUUGCGACAUGAACAAAAGAAAGAAGUUAAAAAACAGAUUGAAGCCAUAUAUAUUGAGGCAACCUCUUUGGAGAAAAAAGCCAGAGAAUUGGCAUGUGAUACAAAUUCAAAACAGUAUAUUCUUCGCCACGCACAAACCUUAACAGAAAAAGCAAAUGAGAUGAAAGAAAAGAUAUGCUUAGCAUCAGGGAAAUCAUUCCAAACACCUGAUGAACUACAAAUUGCUAUAAAGCAAUCCAUAGCUUCAAACGAGGAACAAACAUUAAUAGUUGAGAGACUUAAGAGGAACUGUUCAUCCCAUGGCUUAGAAUACAGAGGUCAAACACCAGGGAAUGGGAAUUGUUUUUUUGAAGCAAUCACAUGCCAGCUAGAUAGAAUUGGCGCAGACGUUAUUGCUCCCGAACAAUUAAGAACAAAUGUUGUAAACUACAUAUCAACACAUCCUAGUUUUGAGGGCAGUCAAGGCAUUGUGUUAUUAGAAAACUUCGUUGAAGACAAUUUUCCGGACUACUGUGACAGGAUGUUACAGAAUGGAGAGUACGCAGACCAUGUUGUGGUCAUUGGAAUGUCCAGAAUGCUACAGAGAGACAUAGUUAUUGUCACCAGUGCUCCCAGUACCAAUAAUGAGGAUAGUGUCCUUUGGGUAACUGGUUGUGAUGGUUUUUCCGGUAAUCCUAUUCUUCUUGGGCACAUUUUCGAAAACCACUACCAGUCACUCCAGCCAAAAGGUGACAGUGGCAAACUUGAUCACCACACGAAUGAUAAGCAUGCAACAAAUGAUGAUAACCUUUUUAUUCCUGUUGAUGUGUGCAACGAAGAACUCAGCAACUAUAACAUGACACAUGAUGUUGAAGAUAUGCCAUUCGUAGAGUUUGUGAGAUCCACCUUCAUCAAAAAACGGAAAAAUGGUACUGAUUGCAUUGUUAGACGUUUAAGAAAUGAAGUGGACAACGAAGACGUCAUAACCAAGCAUUUAAUGGAUAUAACAAUCACAGGGAAUUUUAUUCACAGGAAAGCAAAUAAAACCACAUUGCAAUACAGGUGUGAAAGGUAACUUUAAUCAUCUAAGUCGAUAAUCUAUAAAGGAAUUUUAUCUUGAAAUAAAUCCACUCUUGUUUUUCUCCAAAUAAACAAUAAAUAGAAAAA